AUCGGCCGCCGAGCUGCGGGGCGGGGCGGAGCCUGCUCUUCCCGGAGCGCCAAGCACCUGGGCGCCGGACACGCGUAGCCGGCUGCCGGGAAGAAGUCCCUGAACAGAGAUCCUGUUAUAGGAGUUCGCAGAAAAUACUGAAAUGUCAGAUUCCACAGCAUUUAAGAUGAGACUAGUUCAUUUGGACUUUAAAGGAGCUCCACCAAAGGUUUCAUACCUCUCUGAGAUCUUUCCUCUGUUCCGUGCUCUGGGUGCAAAUGGCCUCCUCAUUGAGUAUGAAGAUAUGUUUCCCUACGAGGGCCAUCUGAGGCUGCUGAGGGCCACACAUGCAUACAGCCCUUCUGAAGUCACGGAGAUCCUUCGUCUGGCCAGAUGCAGUGAGCUGGAGGUCAUCCCCUUGGUGCAGACCUUUGGACACAUGGAGUUCGUGCUGAAGCACUCAGCAUUUGCACACCUCCGAGAAGUGGCAUUCUUCCCCAAUACCCUCAACCCUCAUGAGGCGGAGUCCCUGGCCCUGGUGAGCGCCAUGAUUGACCAGGUCCUAGGGCUGCACAAAGACGCCCGCUGGCUCCACAUCGGGUGUGAUGAGGUCUACUACCUAGGUGAAGGGGAGGCCUCUAAACAGUGGCUGCAGAAGGAGCAGAACAGCCAAGCCAAGCUGUAUCUGUCCCACAUCCGGGCAGUGGCCAGCCAUGUGCUGAGCCAGCACCCCAGCACAACGCCCCUGGUGUGGGAUGAUAUGCUGCGGGACAUUCCUCAGGACCAGCUUGCAGCAUCUGGGGUGCCGCAGCUGGUGGAGCCUGUGCUCUGGGACUACAGUGCCGACAUAGAUGUCCACGCCAAGGGCUGUCUCCACAGAGCCACUCACCCACCUGCUUUCCACCCAGUCCUCCUGAUGGAGAAGUACCGGGAGUGUGGCUUUCUGCGACUGUGGGCAGCCAGUGCCUUCAAGGGGGCUACGGGGGCCAACCAGGCCCUGCCCCCGGUUCAGCACCACCUCAGGAACCAUGCUCAGUGGCUGCAGGUGGCAGGCAGAGGGCCAGCGGAUACACUGCAGGGCAUCAUCCUGACUGGCUGGCAGAGGUAUGACCACUUCUCCGUGCUCUGCGAGCUGCUGCCCGUGGGCAUCCCGUCACUGGCUGCCUGUCUGCAGUUACUCCUCCAUGGAGGAUUUUCUGAGGAUGUGAAAUUUAGAGUGGAGAACCACCUUGGGGUUUCAAGCCCAGGAGUAACGGAUGCUGUGAGCGAGGGAGCCGGCUCCUUCCCUGGCAGCAGCAUUCACGCCCUGGUCACACAAGUCAGCCUCCACCUGAGCAGUUCUGUGGACGCGCUGCUGGAGAGGAACAGGUAUGUGACCGGCUGGUUCAGCCCCUACCAUCGCAGGCGAAAGCUCAUCCACCCUGUUAUGCUCCAGCACAUCCAGCCUGAGGCACUCAGCCUCCUGGGCAGGUGGGGUGCACUGGUGCAGCAACUGGAGGUGGCACUGCAGUGCAUCUUCUACCCUGACACUGUGGAGGAGUGGCUGGAGGAGAACGUGCACCCCAGCAUGCAGCGGCUGCAGAGCCUGCUGCAGGACCUCACCGAGACAACCCUACCCCCACCCCUGCCUGUCAGCCCUGCCGGGGACAUGGGUCAGAACCCCUGAAGGGCUCCUGCCAUGGGCUCGGUGCUGUGCUGUAGGCCCCAGCGGCACAGGCUGAGGCAAGCUUUACACUCAACACGUUUCUCCUGCUGUAUCUAGACCGCAGCCCAGGUCGCACAGUACAGGCAGAACUUUUGAGCAAAGUGGGAAACCCUGAAGGACAAGGUACAUGGGACCUGUGUAUGAUGUGCAUGUAGAACUUUAUUAAUUCAUCUGAAAUAAAAAUACUACAGGCUGCAAGUCCCAUUAACAAAAA